CACAGCCCCGCUCCCCAAACUCUCAUACAUUUGUCCUCACAGUACAGUGAGCACUUUGCUUGCAGGUUACAGGUCGUUGCGCGCUCAUGGCGGCGUUGUCACAUAGUGAUGGCGCAUCCCGAUGGUGGUCAUCUUCCCACCCGCGAACGUACCCAUCAUUCGCAAAUCGAUGACUUCUCCUCCCGACUCUCGAGAGCCCCUACGCUAUCCCCAACCGAAGGUUCAUUUUCCCUCAGCGAAGACCAUGAACACCAGAAGACAGAGGAUCACAAGAAGAGCUCCUUCAUUCGACGCCGCUUUGCAUCAACUCGAAACCAGGCUACAAAGGGUGUGGAAUCCAGAGGCCCCUUUGGUUUACGGUCUUUGUUCUGCGCGCCGGAAACUCUCAUAGACCUAAUCUUUGUGCAUGGCCUGGGCGGAGACUCUAUAAAGACCUGGUGUCUGGAUAAUAAUGCCGAACUUUUCUGGCCACAGUACUGGCUACCUAAAGAGUCGGCAUUCCUCAACGCUAGCGUUCACAGCUUUGGAUACGACAGUGACCGGGCGAGCGCGAAGUCAAGUACCCCCAAUUUGCACGAUUUCGGAGACUUACUCUACGAAGAGCUUCUAACUUCGCCUUGUCUGAGGCAAAAUUCAAAGAGGAAUCCAAUCAUACUCAUUGGUCACUCUGUGGGAGGGCUUGUCGCGAAAAAGGCAUACGUUCGAGCCCGUCAAGAUCGAGUGCAUCCCGAAUUAGCGGAACGAAUCAGGUGUAUAUUCUUCUUGGCAACGCCUCACCGUGGUUCUGACUACACUGCUCUGUUGAACGGAAUCUCAAAGUAUUCUGGUAUCACCAGUUUGAAUUUGCCAAGAGAAUUCACAAAAGACACCACUUUUGGCCCGACUUCACAACUGAUCAACGCCGACUUCGCUCGAUUUAUCGAUGAAGUGAUUAUAUACUCCUUCUGUGAAACCUUACCAACAAUAAGUGGCUCCUCUAGUUUGGUUGUAGACAAAGCUUCUGCUAUCCUAGGACUAAGCCCUAUAAACGAGCAUAUAGAGUAUCUGCAUGCGAAUCACCGAGACAUUUGCAAGUUCCGCAACAUGAAUGACUCGAAUUAUAUCACGCUCAAGAAUGCACUUGCAACUGCUGUUGAGGACCUACUCAGCGAUGUGACCGCCACCAAAGAGCAAGGUUUGGAUGACCAAUUGCGUACCAUUCGCGAAUUUUUGGGUAUAUCCAACUUGUCUGAGGAGCAUCAUGAGAAGCUCGAAGGGUCGUGCCAGUGGGUUGAAGAAAGGCAGGACUUCCAAAGCUGGAUCAACCCGACAAGCAAAAAGGAAAUGUCAGGCGCUUAUGUACCGUCGAUAUUUUGGGUGCAGGCCCCACCUGGAGCUGGAAAAUCGGUACUUGCAACUCAUAUCAUUGCCCAGCUAACAGAGUCCCGUUUGGCGCAUGCGUCUUAUUUCUUCCAUUUCGGCAAGAAAGCAGCGCAAUCGCUGACAGAUUUCUUGAAAGCCAUGGCUUUCCAGAUGGCGGUUGGAAGCGCACCGAUACGAGAAAAGCUUGCUCACAUCUUCCAAAGCGGAACUUCAUUCGAUCAAGACAAUUCCCGCGCUGUAUGGACCAAGAUCUUCGUUGGGGGUAUAUUCACGGUUCCGUUGCUUACGCCUCAAUAUUGGGUUAUUGAUGCAAUUGACGAAUGCGUUAAGUACUCUGAGUUGUUCACCUUCUUGAAGGGCACGCAGAUUCGAUUUCCUUUCCGGAUAUGUAUGACCAGUCGGAAAUUACCAGAGACGCCUAGAAUGAUACGUCAGCUAGAAGGUUACGCUACGACGGUCGUCCAUAUACCGGAACAGGAUACCAUGAAGGAUAUCGAGCUUUAUGUCCGCAACAGGAUUACGGAUGUUGCUAUAGAUGAAGAAGAGGAACGUCAAGAGCUCGCUCGGCAGAUAUUAGCCAAGUCGAACACCUCUUUUCUAUGGGUUCGGCUAGUGAUGGACGAGCUUGAGGGUCUGUACGGGUAUGAAAGUAUCAUGCAAGUCCUUCAAGGGAUUCCGGAAGGCAUGUUCUCUUACUAUGAAAGAGCUGUUGCUGAACUGGAGGAGAACAAAAGAGAACGGCAUGUUGCCAUGGCGAUCCUACAGUGGGUCAUGCUGGCCACCCGACCGUUAUCCAUCUCUGAACUCUCUCAAGCAUUGCAGCUAGACAUCAAAGUUCAUCUUUCUAGUGCGAAGUCAGCUAUUGAGGGAUUAUGCGGGCAAUUCGUCUCUGUCGAUCUGCACACCGGCCUAGUGCAACCUAUACAUGCGACGGCGAGAGAGUUCCUUUUAUCUGAAGAAGCCGGUAACUUCCGCAUCGCGAAGGCGAAGGGUCAUGAGACCAUAGCCCUGACUUGUCUACGGCUCCUUGUGAGUCCAGUAAUGCAACCCCCUCGACACCGACGCUUGCUCGACCAAAAGCGCGUUAAGCCACCAGCAUCAGCACUACUAGACUAUGCUAUCACCCAGUUUUCAGAGCAUGUGUUCAGCGCAUCGUCCGAAAGUGAUCAGCUGCUGGUAGCUGUAGACAAAUUCCUCAUAACAAGUGUUCUCACAUGGAUCGAACAUGUUGGCUCUACAAAGGAAAUCCAUCGAUUGAUCCGGACCGCGAAGAACUUUAAAGCGUACCUCGACCGGCGAGCGAAGUACCAUUCGCCACUCAACCGUCAUGUUAACAACAUAGAGCUUUGGACAACGGACCUUACUCGUAUUGCUUCAAACUUCGGGCGGGCGCUAAACAGUAACCCUACAUCUGUGUACUUUCUAAUACCUCCAUUGUGUCCAACUCAAUCAGCAGUGUAUCGGCAGUUCGGUCAGUCUCCUGAUGGUCUAGCCCUACUAGGGUACCAAGUCUCGGACUGGGAUGAUUGCAUUGCUCAUGUUCAAUUUGAGGAAAAGACUGCCGCUGCGGUUAGCUGUGGUAGUGGUGUCAUUGCGAUUGGUACAGAAGCUGGCAAAGUCGACAUAUACAACCACCGCAGUUUUCAGAAAGGUUUAAGUAUUGAACAUGGUUUCCCAGUAGACCUGAUAUGGUUUGACCCACUAGGGUCCUUCGUCGCAACAUGCAGUAGGAAACUCGUAGCAUUAUGGGAUCUCGACGGCAAUCUACGAUGGAAAGCGCGCAUCAAAAGCCGAUGUAUCAUACUAACAUCUUCAACGACCGCACUUACAGGAGUUACGCAGCAAGGUCGAUCUUUCCAAUGGGAUAUUGUCACUGGCCAGCUUAUCAAAGAACGAUCAUAUACCUUUCAAUGGCCGGACAUGGACUCGGCUCUUCAAACAGGUGCUGCGAAAGCCCCUUGCUCCGCUGCGAUUUCGCCCGACAUGGACCUAAUUGCCCUUGUCUAUCGUAACAGCCCGAUUUGCAUAUUCGAAUUUGACAGUGGAAGUCUAAUAGGAUGGGCGAUCGAUGAUAACAACCGCGCGGCAGAGCAGGCCAUUUUCAACCCUAACCCGGAGGUCAGCCUUUUACUUGUGGCGUACAACGAAUCACAUCUUGCUCUUUACGACCCCUGGAGCGGAGUUCUGAUUGAAAGCCUAGAAUCUGAAAAGCCAGUCAUCCUAACAUCCAUUACCUGCUCCGCUGAUGGCCGUACCUUCGCCGCUAUGGACAUUCUUGGUCACUUACGCAUAUGGGACUUUGAGUCUCUUACGCUAUUGUACCAUAUUCUUACGCCUAAUCAUUCUUUCAGUUUACUCAGUUUCACCUCUGAUGGCCUCGGCCUCGUCAGUGUCUUCGAACACGAGAUGAGAGUAUGGGCACCCUCGGCGCUAGUGAGAAAAACGAUCGAGGAAGAAGCCAGCACGAGUGACCAAGCUACAGUUCUACCUGUAACAGAAGGUCAAUUUGAGAGAUUCCACACCUCCAAAAUCAGAACACUUGUUGCGCAUCCACACCUACCGGCAUGUUUUGCCGGCAAUCAUAGUGGCGAGGUAGUGGCUUAUCGUAGCCAGGACAGUUAUCGACCUUCAGUGCUCUAUUCACACGACGGAAUCGUUGUCAAAUGCGUCGCUGUAAGCAAUGUGAAUUUGAUUGCAUCAGCGGAUAUGCAUGCGAAAGUUCAAGUGUGGCGGCUCAGCUCCCUAGCGUCGAAGUCACUAUUACUUGAGAAGCUCGUUUUCCAGGCUCAAUUCCCUGCCCCGAUCUGCCAGAUUCUGUUCGAUACAUCUGGACAACAUCUGUUAGUGUCAACUACCGAAUCGACCCAUGUGUACAACUUGAAAGAUGGAACGCUGAUUGGGACACUGAAAUUUGGCGUCGACAAGCAAUCUGUAUGGAAAUGGUUCGUCGCGCCGAACUCGGUGUACAGCUCAAAUUCCCUACUCCUGACAGAUCUCAUGCUGUUAAAUUACUCGGUCGAAGAAUUUCCUGCACCUGCAAACAUCCCGUCACUAUCGCUUGCAUACCCAGCCCAAGACACAUUGAGUGAGGUGGACAUCACCUCCAUCAGCUACUUAGAAGAAACGUCGUCCAUUUCUGUUGAGGUACGUCAGCAACGAGAUAGCAAACGCCGAACAUCAACCUACCUAUUCACACUGCCUACGACAACACCUACUGAACCCGAAUCUCCUCUACCGCCAUCGGCAACGAUACCGCAAAGCCUCUCCCCUCAUUUUAUAGGGUUCAGUCCGUUCAACAAACGAUUCAUAUUCAUAGAUCAUGAGUCAUGGGUUUGCUCUUCUGAUGCCCAUGAUCUUUUCGAGCAGCGGUAUACUCAGCACUUCUUCGUGCCGGAAGAAUAUGUUUCUGAGCACGACAACAUACCUCCCGUGCAAUUCUUCGACGGAGACUUCGCUUUCUGCUUGCACGAUAAGGUUGUGGUGGUGAGGAACGGGUUGAAGUUCCAUACCUCGCGAAUUGUCAUGUAAAGUAAAGCAAAGCAUCUCGUACGCAAACAUGAUUCCGCAAGUUCUACAAUCAAUCUUCAAAAUGUGUUUGCUACAGGUCCUCAUUCUUCAUAUGUAGAUUGAGAGCAAUAAAGAUAAUCUACCUUUUGAACCUAACAACUCAUAUAUAUAUGAAUCAACACCGCUGCGGAGGUGCAGGAUGUCGUCGCCUCUUGUGGACACCGAAAGAGACCCGGAAACUCAUCCACAUCUCCGUAUAUGAGCCCUAGCAUGCCCAAUCGUCUUCUC